UUCCGUUGUGGGAGUUGGACGGUUGACUACAAAAGGUGGUAGGGGCAGCAAAGCCAGACAGAUUGUUCAACUUUCACUUCUGUGCAGCAACCAUGAUACAUGCAUAUUGCAUUAUAUUUGUCUUCCAGCUGCUCUCCCUCACUGGGGCUAUGGAGAGCAGCAUAGUGGGCGGUAAGGUUGCAAAGCCUCACUCCAGACCCUACAUGGCAUCACUGCAGAUCCGUGGACACCAUACAUGUGGCGGGAUGCUCAUUCGGGAGGACUUUGUCCUAACUGCAGCACACUGCAAAUAUGCUGAGCAAACGACGGUGGUACUUGGAGCACAUGACAUAUCCAAGAAAGAGAAAAGUCAGCAACGGAUCGAAGUGGAGUACAUUCCACAUCCGAAAUACACUGGAAAAUACGAUUAUGACAUUAUGCUACUUAAGUUAAAAAAGAAAGCCACACUUAAUAAGUAUGUGAAGACCAUUGGACUUCCUAAGAAAGACGGAAAAAUUCCAGCCAACAUUAAGUGUAAUGUUGCUGGCUGGGGCAAAACUGGACCCAAGAAACCUACGUCAAAUGUACUGAGGGAGACCACGGAGAAGAUGCAAUUCAGCACUGAGUGCAGAAAUAAAUGGGGAGAAUCCUUCAAUAUUAAACAAAUGCUAUGCACCAAAUUUACCAAAAAGAAGGGAGGGAUUUGCCAGGGUGAUUCUGGUGGACCACUUAUCUGCAACACCAAGCCUCAAGGGAUAACAGCUUUCACCAAACAAGAUGAAUGUGAUAAUCCUGAGUAUCCUCAUGGCUUCACUAAAAUCCACUUCUUUCUCCCCUGGAUUAAGGAAGUGAUGCAGGGAUCGGGGGAUGUUGUAUGAGCCAGAGCCACUA